UUUUUCUUUUUAAAAAUCUCAAUUUCUCUCUCUCACUUUCUCGAGGCCCAUACAGUCUCUCUCUCUCUCACCAUCUAACCCUAACUUUUAUUUUUCUCUGCUCGGAAAAAAAAAGAAACCGAUUUUAUCGGAAAAUCGACCCCCCGAGAAAAUGCAACAGCAGCAGAGGCUGAAGCAGCAGCAACAAGCUUUGAUGCAGCAAGCUCUUCUUCAACAACAGUCUCUCUACCACCCCGGUCUCCUAGCUCCUCCUCAGAUUGAGCCAAUUCCAAGUGGAAAUCUGCCUCCUGGUUUUGAUCCAAGUACUUGCCGCAGUGUUUAUGUGGGAAACAUCCAGACACAAGUAACAGAACCACUACUCCAAGAAGUUUUUGCGAGUACUGGUCCUGUUGAAAGCUGCAAGCUUAUUAGAAAGGAGAAGUCAUCCUAUGGGUUUAUUCACUAUUUCGAUCGGAGAUCAGCUGCUUUUGCUAUAUUACAUCUGAAUGGAAGGCAUCUGUUUGGGCAGCCUAUCAAAGUUAAUUGGGCAUAUGCUAGUGGUCAGAGGGAGGAUACAUCAGGUCACUUCAACAUUUUUGUGGGUGAUCUCAGUCCUGAGGUUACAGAUGCUACAUUGUUUGCCUGCUUUUCUGUUUAUCCCAGUUGUUCAGAUGCAAGGGUUAUGUGGGAUCAGAAGACUGGGCGGUCAAGAGGGUUUGGAUUUGUUUCUUUCCGAAGUCAACAGGAUGCCCAAAGUGCCAUAAAUGACCUAACUGGAAAGUGGCUUGGCAGUAGACAGAUACGCUGUAACUGGGCCACUAAAGGUGCUGUUUCCAAUGAAGACAAGCAGAGUUCAGAUGCCAAAAGCGUGGUAGAACUAACAAAUGGCUCAUCGGAAGAUGGCAAAGAGACAACAAAUAGUGACGCUCCUGAGAACAACCCUCAGUAUACCACUGUUUAUGUGGGCAAUCUUGCUUCAGAGGUUACCCAGCUCGAUCUGCAUCGCCACUUCCAUGCUCUUGGUGCAGGAGUGAUUGAGGAGGUUCGGGUCCAGCGGGAUAAAGGCUUUGGUUUUGUGAGAUACAGUACUCAUGCCGAGGCAGCCAUGGCUAUUCAGAUGGGAAAUGCGCACUCAUAUGUCUGUGGCAAACAAAUUAAGUGCUCUUGGGGUAGUAAACCUACGCCGCCUGGAACAGCUUCAAACCCACUCCCCCCACCUGCAGCUGCCCCCAUUCCUGGCCUCUCAGCGACUGAUCUUUUGGCCUACGAACGGCAAUUAGCAAUGAGCAAAAUGGGUGGUGUUCAUGCCCUCAUGCACCCUCAGGGGCAGCAUCCUCUCAAACAGGCAGCAAUGGGAAUGGGUGCCGCCGGAGCCAGCCAGGCUAUAUAUGAUGGUGGGUUCCAGAAUGUUGCUGCUGCCCAGCAGCUCAUGUACUACCAGUAAGAUAUAUAAUGAGAGUAAAGUUAUAUGGUGAAACCCAUAUUCCCUGCCUCUGCGGGAUUUAUUUCAGUUUGUAAACCUUUAGGAAGCUUUUUGUUAUCCUUUUUUUUUUUUUUUUUUUUUUUUUUUUUCCUUUUCUCCAACGGUGAGGUUGUUACCUAUCUUUUCGUAUGCUUGCGAUCUGUAUGGAUAUAUGUAUCAUUGUGCUUGUUUUGUGUUCUCUACUUUUUAGCGACGAGUGUUUUAUUGAUUCUUAGAGGGAAUGCAAACAAUAGUCUCUUUCUAAGGUUUUUCAGAGUAUUCUAACAAUGAUCUCUUACAUGAGAAUAUAUAUAAUCGGUUUUGAGCUAUAAUGCUGUACCGCGGUGCUCUGUUA